UGAACGCGCGGGCCACGGAGCGAGCAGAGCGGCGCAGACGCGGUUAACUCUUUGUACCGACCACAAGCUGCACCGACCGGUGCUGGACAAAUGCUUUGACCUUCAGCGAGCCGGAGGGUUGAUCUCCACCAUUCAAACGUUUUCGACACACCGCACCGGACUAGCAUCGGACCGUUUUGCCGCGACUGCUCGUUUUCUUUCGGAAACGCAUUUUUAAUUGUUAGCGAGAGGUGGCCACGUCCUUGAUUUCUCUGGCCUCUCGGUUUGGAAAAACCUAACACAUUCUGAGUGGUUUCACCCAGGAAUGGAUACUGGAGUUGUCACUGAAAAGAAAAGGGUGAGCUCGGAGCGCAGGAAGGAGAAGUCCAGGGAUGCAGCGCGAUCUCGCAGGGGCAAGGAGUCCGAGGUGUUCUACGAGUUAGCACACCAGCUCCCCCUGCCACACAAUGUCACCUCCCACCUGGACAAGGCGUCCAUCAUGAGGCUGACCAUCAGCUACCUGCGCAUGAGGAAGCUGCUCGGCUCUGAUGAAUCAGAGAAGGAGAAUGAGCUGGAGAGUCAGUUAAACAGCUUUUAUCUGAAGGCCCUGGAGGGUUUUCUCAUGGUCCUGUCUGAAGAUGGAGACAUGGUUUAUCUCUCUGAGAAUGUCAGCAAGAGCAUGGGCCUCACACAGUUUGAUCUGACUGGUCACAGCAUCUUUGAAUUUUCACAUCCAUGUGACCACGAGGAGCUGAGAGAAAUGCUUGUCCACAGGACAGGAUCCAAAAAGACCAAGGAACAAAACACAGAGCGCAGCUUCUUCCUGCGCAUGAAGUGCACGCUUACUAGCAGAGGGCGCACUGUCAAUAUCAAGUCUUCUACAUGGAAGGUUCUUCACUGCACCGGUCAUGUGCGUGUGCAGGAGCGCGCCGAGGGCUCGGGAGACUCUGGCUUUAAAGAGCCUCCUCUGACCUACCUUGUGGUCAUCUGUGAGCCCAUUCCUCAUCCCUCGAACAUCGAGGUGCCUCUGGACAGCAAGACCUUCCUUAGCCGUCACACUCUGGAUAUGAAGUUUUCAUACUGCGAUGAAAGGAUCACAGAGCUGAUGGGAUAUGAGCCAGAUGAUCUGCUGAACAAGUCUGUGUACGAAUACUAUCAUGCCCUGGAUUCAGAUCACCUUACCAAGACACAUCACAACUUGUUCGCAAAGGGCCAGGCCACCACAGGCCAGUACCGCAUGCUGGCUAAGAAAGGUGGUUUCGUGUGGGUGGAGACUCAAGCCACCGUUAUCUACAACCCCAAGAAUUCUCAGCCACAGUGCAUUGUGUGCGUCAAUUACGUUCUCAGUGGCAUUGUGGAAGGGGACGUUGUCCUGUCCUUGCAGCAGACCGUGUCCGAGCCCAAGGCUGAGGAGAAAGAGAACGAGGAGAUGGAAGAUGAGGCCUCUGAGGUGGACAUACUCAAACUCUUCAAGUCAGAAAGCCUCAAGUGUCCCAUGAAGAGCCCUGACCUGUAUGAGAAGCUGAAGGAGGAGCCUGAGGCUCUCACUGUGUUGGCACCUGCUGCAGGAGACACCAUCAUCUCUCUAGACUUCAACAACUCAGAUUCUGAUAUACAGCUGAUGAAGGAGGUGCCCCUCUACAAUGAUGUCAUGCUGCCCUCCAGCAGCGAGAAGCUGCCCAUCAGUCUGUCUCCUCUGACCCCCAGCGACUCCACUCCGGUUCUGACCAAAAUAGAGACCGAUUUCCCUUUCAGCUCUCCUGAUCGUGGUCCAGACUCCACAAACGCACCUUCCACAUCUGGACUGGGCUCCUCGGAGCCCAACAGCCCCAUGGAUUACUGUUUCCAGGUAGACUCAGACAUCGGUUCUGAACCACUGGACCUGGUUGAGAAACUCUUUGCUAUUGAUACUGAGGCAAAGACCCCUUUUAGCUCCCAGACCAUGGAGGACCUCGACCUAGAGAUGCUGGCUCCAUACAUCCCCAUGGAUGACGACUUCCAGCUGCGCAUCCCCUCUCCACUGGAUCCGCUGCCGUCUGGCCCUCACUCCGUGUCAGCCAUGAGCUCCCUGUUCCAGCCCUUACCCUCCCCCGCGUCUCCAGCCUCUUCCUCCAGCAGCACAGCGAAACAGGAGGCGUCAUCUCGGGCGCCUUCGCCCCUGCACCUUCUGCAGGAGGUUUGCAAUGCACCCGUCUCACCCUUCAGUGGCAGUCGGGACGUUUCACCUGCUCGGUCCCCCACCCCACAGAGCAGCAAUCAGCUCAACAACAGAGAGCUGUCUCCAAAGAUGUUAGCUAUCCAGAACGCCCAACGUAAAAGGAAGCUGGAGGAAGUGACAUCACUUUCUGAGGCUAUUGGAUUGAGUGCUUUGCUUCAGAGUGUGGACAGUGCUAUAGAGCCUGGCAAGAGGGCUAAGGUUUUAGAGGUUAAAGGAUCGAGUGUUCUUGGAGGAAACAAAACCAUUCUCAUACUGCCCUCUGACGUGGCCAGUCGUCUGCUGUGCAGCUCUUUAGAGAGCAGCAGCGGGCUGCCUCAGCUAACACGCUACGACUGCGAAGUCAACGCUCCUGUGCAGGACCGCCAUCAUCUGCUGCAGGGAGAGGACCUCCUGCGUGCUCUGGACCAAGUCAACUGAGCUUUGCUGUGUUUAGCAAUUCCGGACACUGCAUCUCUCCCCCUCUCUCUUUUUCUCUCUCUCUCUCUCUCUCUCUCUCUCUUUCUCUCUUUCUCUCGCUCCUUGGCCCGACCCCAUCACUGAAAUCUGCCUCCACUUGUCUCCUUUUAUUCCAAGCCCUAAUAUUCUCUACAAACCCAAGUGUUUUAAAAAUGUACUAGAUGACCUGCACCUUCCAUUGAUCUCACCAGUGAGCCCAGAGGGAGUCCAUCCAUCCAUCCAUCCCAGUGUGUAGAGCCUGGAGGAGGAGGAGGAGCGUAAUGUAACUUAACAGUGGCAUCAACCAGACAAGAGUUAUGAGCCUUAAUGUGAAAUGCACACUGACGCACAGAUGCUGAUGCGUACAAUCUCCCACGCUCCCUCUGGAUUCCCUAAUUUUACCUAAAAACCCAUCCGUUGUGUUUUACGCCCCUCCCCAAAGCGUGUGUAUUGUAGCUACAGUCGCACAAUAAUCUAUUUUCUUAAGACAGAAUACCAGCAGUCCAUGCAAUAUACGAAACCAUUUUUACGAAUAUGUACUUUUAAUGAAAGAUUGAACAGUUUAUUUUUUUUUCUCUUUCGUUGUGUAGAGUCCUUCGCGUGCGCUCACGGGCUCAAUGGUUUAACGCUGUUGGAUGUUUGCGAGUGUCGCUUUCUUAUUUGCUCCCAUCACUUUGUUUUCUCUUGAACAGCACAGAAGAAUUGUAAAAGAGCCAUUGAAAGUAAUGAUGGAUAUUGUGCAAAAAAAAGGGAAUUAAAAAUCAUGCUGUGGUGUUCUCAUGAUGGUUUUUGUCUCAAAGAGGUUAAAACAGAUUUAUAGUUUAAUUAUGCAAUAGAUUUUUAUAUUUUUAGUGGUCAUUUUUUUUUUUUUGUUUAGUUCUCUUUGUGGUAGAUGCUUAAGGUAAUUCAUGCUUGUGAGAUGUCAUAGCUGGUAACCGUUUUUUUGUUUUUGCUUCAUGAGAGGUUUUAGAUCAUGCAAAGCUGAUGUAUCAUUUAUAUCCCAGUUUUACAAGUAUUUAUAAUGGCAUUAGAACAUGAAUGCUUAGUUUUAAGACCAUAUUUGUUUUCAUCAUGCUUUCAGCCUGUUGACAAAGUCUUGCAAGUAUUUUAUGACCUGUUAGCUCGUUUUUCAGUAGGAAAGACAUUUUCUUUUGUUAUUGUGUCCUUCAUUUAUCUCUGCAGUCCUCUCCUUUUAUUCUUAACACUAAAUGUUUUGUUUAUUGCAUAAUCAGUAAAAGACAAUUGUGGACCAGAAUUUUGUGAUUGUAUGUUUCAAUUGAUGUGACACUUUUUAUUUUUUUCUAUCUAGAUCUAUUAAGUUAUUCAGGAGUACAUUAAAUUGCAUUUCAAACGUAGUGAUAGUACACUUCCAUGAUGCACUUUUUUCAAUAUCUGGAUUAAAGUAAAGGUUCAACUGUCUGGACAUUGUAAACAAAGGAUGAAAUUCUUGGUGAAAAAAACUUAUUGGGAUAGUUGUGUAAUUUCAAUUAAAAUUUCAUUAAAGAAAUAAGCAGUGAAGCAACUUUGUUUUAAAAACA